GGCCUGAGGGUGAGGGCGGUCCUGCCAGCUUGGGGGCCGUGGCGGGUCCCAUCCUGCUGCACCCCCUCCCCGGCGUUCACAGGACGUGGGGCUCACAGGGCGGCCUCAGGCUUGCUUGGUCCCGCAGCUUCUCCAUUUUCCCCAGGAACAGAACUGAAGAGGAUCAGCGAGGAUUCAGCGGCACAGAGAAAAGCAGAAGUGGGACCUUGGAGGCUGACUCCCCGGGGGCUGAAGCCUGGGGCCAGCGGGGCCUGGCGCUUCCCCGUGACAGCUGUGCGGGAGAAAUGAGCCCCGGAGGCCCGGCUGCCUGGCCAGCUUUGGCCCUGCUGCUCCUCUGGCUCCCAGGCUGUGCUCCCCUGAGCUGUCCCAGCAAGGUGGAGGGCACCGUGGGAGGAUCCCUGAGCGUGCAGUGUCGGUAUGAGGAGGAAUACAAGGACAAGCCCAAAUCCUGGUGCAAAAAGUCAUUCCUCUGUAAUGACCUUGUGAAGACCACAGACUCAGAGAGAGAGGUGCGGAGUGGCCGAGUGUCCAUCAGCGACCAUCCUGCAAACCUCAGCCUCACGGUGACCAUGGAGCACCUCACCCUGGAGGACGCAGGCUCCUAUGAGUGCCAGGUGGACACACCGUGGCAUGACGGCUUUGAUCCUGGCUUCAGGGUUAAGGUCACUGUGCUCCCAGCCCUGACCGCAGCCUCCAGCCCUGAGAGCCCCACAAGCACCCAGGGCCCUCCCACGUCCCUGUCAACACACACCUGGCCCGUCACCACCAGAGAGGACACCCCCAGUCCCCACCAACAGCCUGGGUCCCCGGCCAUCAAUGUCCAUCUCCUGCUCCUGAUCUUGGAGGUGCCCCUGCUCCUGAGCAUGCUCAGUGCUGUCCUCUGGGUGAACAGGCCUCAGAGAAGCUCUGGAGCAAGGAGAGGGGGGCCUGACUAUGAGAACCAGUGACCCCUGCUGUCCAGGAGGCCAUGUCCAGUGACACAAUCCUGCUGCAGGACGGGGACGGCCUCCUGACUUACCAGUCUGCAUUUCUGUUAGAAUGCUCGGAAGCUUUUGUGAACAUUUCAGAAGCUUUUCCUUGGGCUGUACCAAACACAUGAACGACACGACGCUUCCAGCCAAGAACAGUCCGGCACUGCGUGUCCCCCUCCAGCUUGUCACAGAACAUCAGGAACAUUGACGAAGCCCCUUUUCCUUCUCUGGCGUCUUCUUCCUGCCCUCCUGGGAGACAACCCCCCCAGGGCUUCACGUUCCUCCUCUGCUUGAUCUAAGGGUUUUGCCUCUCACAUGCAUAUGGGGUUUCCCAAGGGUAUGAGGUUUAGCUUUGCUUAUUUUUGAACUUUAUAUAAAGAGAAUCAUGCAAUUUUUCCUCCCUGGCACUGGCGAUGGAACGCGGGCCUCGCGCACGCUUGGUGGUCAGUCGCUGCGCCACCCCACCCGCUCUGACCCUGAUGGCUCCUUGGCUUCCAAGUACUGUGAUGGAUGCUUCCACGUCGUACUCUGGAGAUUCAUCCUUACGGAUAUGCAGAUGCCCCACGUGCCGUUCAUUUGUGUUGCUCUGGAUCUGCUGUGAGAACGCACCCCAACCUACUCUGCCGGUGUUUUGUGGAGGGACAUCAGAAUUCUUCCUUCCUUCUCUCUCUCUCCCCCUCCUCCUCCCUCCCUCCCUCUCUCUUUCUUUUUUCUUUUUGUUCUUUUCUUUCUUCCUUUCCUGGUCCUGCUGCUUCUCCUCCUCCUUCUCUUCUUCCUCCUCAUCCUCUUUCCUCUCCUCCUUCCCCUGUCCUCUUUCCCUCCCCUCUACCUUGCUUGCUUUCUCUUCCUCCUCUCCCCAUCCUCCUCUUCCCCUUCUGUAAUUUGUUUGCUUCUGUUGCUUACCGUGUUGCGCAAACAUUCUUGAACAUAUUUCCUAGCAUAUAUGUUUUUAGUGUCUCCUGGAGCCCGGCUUUGGAUUUUACUGGGCGUGCUGACUCCACUCUACUAGGCAAUUCCAAUCGAUUUCCGAGGUCCCUGUACUCAGCAGCAGACCCAGGGCUCUGACCCUCCCCAGGCUUCCUAAUUCCGCCCCGUAACUGGAUGUGAAUGGACAUCUGCUCUGUUCAUCUGGAUGCAUCUGAGCGCUCACGCCUUUCUGCGCCGUUUAGAUUUUCUCUUUUGUGGAAUUCUGUUUCCUGUUGUGGGGCUGUGUUUUCGUAUUGAUUUUCGGUUUGUAGAAAUUACUUACAAGUCCUGUGUGAGUUACAUGUGUUCUGAAUAUCUUUCCCCAGCUUGUUGACUUUGCGGUAUCCUUUGAGAAAGAGUCUUUUUUAAAAAAAAUUUUUUAGUACUAAGGAUUGAACAUAAGCCCUCUCACAUACUAGGCAAGUGCUCUACCACUGAGCUAUGCUACCAGCCCCCUU